AUGCCAGAGUUUAUAGUGUUAGGCCAGAUUCUAGCUCAGGUCGAGGCAAUGAACCUGGGUAUUGAACCUGAUCUUGGAAUCGCAAAGAGCGGUCGAGAUCACCUACGUAAUUGCAUCAAUCUCUUGCAGGAAAGAAUGGAUGCAAUCUCUGCGAUACAUCCUGAAAAUAUUGUCUUUACUCCAACGGAAAUAGGAGACCAGGACAGUCUGGGUUUGGACUUUGACUUGGAUUUUUUCUUGGGCGAUGCGGACUAUCAAUAA